CUGCGACUAGUUGCUGGAUAGCAUAUUUGGAGCUCGUCUCGUGCUUUCAGACAUGGUGAAGCUGACAAAAGCCAAGACUUUCCAGGCUUAUCUGGACUCCUGCCACCGCCGUUACAGCUGCGUGCACUGUCGCGCCCACCUGGCUAACCAUGACGAUCUUAUCUCCAAGUCUUUCCAAGGCAGCCAGGGAAGAGCAUACCUCUUUAACUCUGUGGUCAAUGUUGGCUGUGGUCCUGCAGAGGAGAGGCUGCUGCUGACGGGACUUCACGCAGUGGCGGACAUCUACUGUGAAAACUGUCACACCACACUCGGCUGGAAAUAUGAGCAAGCCUUUGAACUCAGUCAGAAGUACAAGGAGGGGAAGUACAUCAUUGAACUCUCCCACAUGAUAAAGGACAACGGUUGGGACUGAGAGCAGACUCGUCAUUGUUUUUUCUCAAAACGUUGCAUCCCCUCCACUUAAAAGGGUUACUGUGUAGCUUCCUCCUUCUAUGCUCAAACCAUCGCUGUGCCACACUUUCACUUCAUUCAGCUUGGAAAAGAAUUGCACGUGAUGCCUUAUCUUCA